AUGAUGCCUCCCUAUGUUUUGAGACCCCUUCUUUUGCUAAGCCUCGGCCUUAUUGUCCACACCACAUCGGCCGCUGUUCAGCUGUUGAACUUUACAGCUACAGACCUUCCAGGGCUAACCUCAACAUGUCGUUCAGUCAUCAACCAAGCCAUCAACUGCGACCCCGUCUUCCAAGAUGCUGCUCGCAUUGGUCUUGAUGUCAUAAAGUUCUGGAACGAUGACACCCUUUCAAAGUUUUGCACUUCCACCUGCGACGCCGCUCUGUCUACCUGGAUGCGCAGAGUCCAAGGUGCUUGUGCCAGUCAGUACUUCGCCGUCGGAGAGGGAUUCGGCCAGUCGCCCGCUGCAUAUGUCGAGCAAUACUAUGAGAUCUACCGAGCUACUUGUGUCAAAGAUCCGUCUGGAAAGCUAUGCAACGCCAUCUUCAGGGACGCGGCCAACAUCGACCCGCUCAACCAAGUCGUGACCGCGACUCCGAAAACCUCCUUCGAAUGCAACUCCUGCUAUCUCACCAUGCUCGCCACCAGAUUACAGAUGCCUCUGGCUUCUAAUCCUAUCUGGGAGAGUGCCUUUACAUACCUCACUUCGAGCUGUGGUAUAUCCACCAUGACACUCACUCCUCCUGUACCCUCUACAUGGAUUGUUCCAAUAACGACGACUGGUACAGCUACCUCUACUGCUAGUGCUGAACCCACAGAAACAUGCAGUGGCACGAAAUACACCCUCAAAGCGGGAGACACCUGCCUCUCCGUGUCAACCUCCCAUGGCAUGAGUACGAUCAACCUGGCCGUUGCCAACCACUUGUCGGCUUUCUGCUAUGAUUUCCCUACAGAGGGGACAUUGUGCAUACCCACGGACCGACAAUGCACGCCAUAUAUUGUAAAGGAGGAUGAUACCUGCGUGAGCAUUGCCGAUUCCAUUGAUACAACCUGGAACAGACUGGUAUCAUGGAAUCCUGAAUUGGGAAUCAACUGUAACAACCUCCAAGACUAUGUUGGCCAUGUCAUCUGCACGUCCAACCCCGGAGGUGGAUGGGUUGAUCUCAAUCCUGAACCGACUGAGAGUCCAAGCGCUACCAUACACCAGAAACUGGACCCCGUUCGGCACCGCGGAUUUACCUGCCGAGACCGCCACAGCCACCAUGACCAGCAACUCCACCACGGCUCGGCCUAG